GCUCUCGUAGUCAGUCGGAGGCGAUAAUUUUCUUUUAGUCCUUUUCUUACAUUUCCGCUCCAUUUCUCGCUGCUCAUGACUCAAUUCACGGCAGGAGAGACGAGUAUGUACGAGGAAACGACACCUCCUUCGCAAGAAUUUGAAAAGCUGGAACUCCCUGCACAUCCAACUCUUUUUCGCAACGCGACCGUGCCUCCUGGAAAUGUCAUGUACAAGCUCGAUAACAAUGUACCAACUACAAUGCGACCCUAUGCUUCCAACUUAGAACUAGUCAACGAACGCAAACGCAGUCGUGAUGAUAGUGGCGAAUCUUCUACUGAUUCAGCUGAAUCUACAUCUACUACUAGACCUCCUACCAAUCAAAAUUCGUUCAGUCGCGAAUCCAAACGGCGCACUGUUGGUAUCGACAAAACCGAAGAUACCAUCGCUGGAUCCAGUCAUACUUUUGUCACAGCUCAUAGUAUCGCGUCUGAAACUUCAGUCUCGGUUAAAACUCUCGCAGACCCUUCCCUUGAUGAGACUGCGCCUGUUACGAACUCAACAAAAACAUUUACCCAACUCAUACCCUCUCAAACUAAUAGUGCUUCCUCUGGACCUGACUGGUCUACUCAUCCUAAUGCAUGGGGCUAUCUUCAAUCACUCAAUGAGGAUUAUCCUUCCACAUAUUUGGAACGUAAAGGCGCACCUAAACCCGACGUCAAUCAACGUGCUGGAUACAUGAUUGGCCGAUCGGACCGAUGUGAGCUUAGCAUUGAUCACCCGUACGUAAGCCAACGACACUGUCUAAUUUAUAUUCUAUGGCAACGCUCAAGUGACAAUGUAAACGAAGAUAUCAAGCUACCUGUUCGACCUACAGUGAUUAUUGAAGAUAUGAGUCGAAAUGGAACGUUCAUAAAUGGGCAAUCGAUGGAGCGAGGUUCCAGACAAGUUUUGAAAAAUGGAGAUCAUAUACAGCUCUAUCGACGUGCAGCAUUUGAGGAAACAGAUCCACGCCAGCAGUUCUUCAAGAUAGUUUUGUCUCCUAAUCUAGUCGAGCCGAAAUUUGAGGAGAGUUAUGAACUUGGAAAGAUACUUGGCGAAGGCAAUUUUGCAAAGGUUCACGUCGCAAUUGAGCGAGAAACCGGCAGAGAGUUUGCCGUCAAGAUUAUACAAAAGAGACGCUUUGCUAGCAAACCCAAACUCCUUGCAUCUUUGAAAAAAGAAAUUGCCGUCCUUAUGGGCCUUCCUAAACAUAAAUGCAUCAUGUCUGUGGAAAAGGUUUUUGAUGACGACGACCUAAUGUAUCUGGUUUUGGAACUUGGUGGUGACGGAGACUUGUUCGAGUACGUGUACGAGAAACAACGCCUCCCAGAAGCUGAGGCUCGCCUACUGUUCUGGCAACUUUUGGUUGGUCUGGACUAUUUACACAGCAACAACGUCGUUCAUCGGGACUUGAAACUGGAGAAUGUUCUCUUUGAAGACAAAAAGGAACUUAGGAUUAAGAUCGGUGAUUUUGGACUAGCGACUUUUUCUCAUAAACAGUUUGCACUCACCAGUCGAUGCGGCACGCCUAGCUAUGUCGCACCAGAGAUACUCGCUCCAGCAAGUUCUCGUGCCUAUGGUAAAGAGGUUGAUCUUUGGAGCUUAGGCGUCAUGCUGUAUAUCUGUCUUUGCGGCUAUCCACCAUUUUAUGCUGACCACACAGUGCCUUCACAAGCUAUCAGAAGCGGCCAGUUUACUUUUGCAGAAGCUGACUGGAAGAACAUUACCAAGGAAGCCCAAGACCUGGUUAGCAGACUCAUGACAGUUGAUCCAACAAAACGUAUCACUGUGAAUGAGGCCAUGUGGCACCCUUGGAUUGUUAUGGACUUAGCAGGAGAAGAAGAUAUCGAUCCAGCCGUCACUGCCGAAAUUCGAGCUAUUUUCUCUAGCCAACGAGCUACUCUCCAAGAAACUCAGACAUGUACUGCACCAUUUGGAGAUACGGGAGAUUUGACAUCUGAGGAUGAAGACUGAGCGCCAAGCCCAUUACUGCUGCCUACCAAUGCCACUGCUAUUUUGACCUCGAGUUUCUUUGCCACACCACACCUUCUAUUGCUGUCAACCCCCGUAACAAACACACCCAUAAAUCAUGCAUCCUAUUUUAUUAAACUACACCACACGUACAGAAUACCUAUUGAGAGAAACGUGGUGAGAUGCGCCCCUGUUGGGUA